AAUUGUUGUAAUUUUUUCGGUUGCGACGACGUCGCUGCGCGGAUGUAUACACCGAAAGUGCAUGCGAAAUGCGUUCUGCGAUAGUAAAAUCCACUAAAAUAAAUUAUUAGGUAAAGCAAAGGCAGUUCAAGUCGGAAAUAAGAACAACAGCCAUCGCCUUAAUACAGGAAAACGCGGAAAAUGUGAUUUUAAAAACACUGCAGCUGCAAAUCCGGAUGCCUGGCAAAGGUUAGAGCGAGACAACGCUACUUCCUCGAGAGUGUGUGCAAUUUGUUGAUAGUAUUUUCUGUUGUUGUUGGUAAAAUGCAGGCGUGCAACAACAAAAAGACCUGAAACAACAACAAACAGCGGCGAAUGCCGGCAAAACAAAAAGCGUAAAAGGUGAAUUCGAUUGAUGCGAAAAACGUAAAAUAAGAAAACCGAAGGCAAUAAUCGUUGAAGAAUACACAACAAAAGUGGAGUGAGCCAAAGUCGCGUUUGUGUGUGCGUGUCGCGUACGUGUGUGAUUUGUUGCAAAGGAUAGGAAUAGGAGACGUAAUCGGCGCUUUGCGGAAAUCGAAAGCCAAAAUGUUGUAAACAAAUAAAAAACCUGAGCCAUUCAAAUUACCUCCGAUUGCAAACGACGGUUUCCAGUUCAAUCAGCGAAAAAUUCGACAGAAAAUGGCCAGCAAAACAAACGAAACCAGCAGGACGAUUUGGAAAUGGCUAGUCGGCAGUUAUCUGAUACUGCAGCUGAUUGGGAGCAGUUUGGCAAGUCAAGCGCUUUCGUUCACACUGGAGCCGCAGGAUGCAGUGGUGCCCGAGGGCCACUCGGUCCUGCUCCAGUGCGCGGGCAUUGCAUCCAUGGGGCGCGGAGGCAAGGGCAAAGCCAGCGCGCCCACCCCAGUGACCAUCCGGUGGCGAGGUCCUGACGGCCAGGACCUGGUCAUCGUGGGCGAUACGUUCCGCACGCAGCUGAAGAACGGAUCACUGUACAUCAGCUCCGUGGAGGAGAGCCGCGGACUGACGGGAGCCUACCAGUGCCUGCUGAGUGCCGAUGGCGUGGGCAGUGUGCUCAGUCGCCCGGCACUGGUGGCCAUUGCCCGCCAGCCGGACCUGAACCAGGACUUCCUGGAGACCUACCUGCUGCCGGGCCAGACAGCCUAUUUCCGCUGCAUGGUGGGAGAGGCCAACUGGCAGGAGGGCGUCAAGCACUCGGUGCAGUGGUUCAAGGAUGACUUGCCACUGACCGUGGACAAGUUGCGCAUGGUGGUGCUGCCCAACGGAGCCCUAGAAAUCGAUGAGGUGGGCCCGUCGGAUCGAGGGUCCUACCAGUGCAACGUGACGUCGGGCAGUAUCUCCCGACUGAGCAGCAAAACCAACUUAAACAUCAAGAAACCCAAUGAACUAGGAGCCGAGAAUGCGGUGGCUCCAUCGUUCCUCGUGGGCCCUUCUCCCAAAACCGUGAGGGAGGGCGAGACCGUCACCCUGGACUGUGUGGCCAACGGAGUGCCCAAGCCGCAGAUCAAGUGGCUGCGAAACGGCAUGGAUCUGGACCUGAACGACCUGGAUUCCCGCUUCUCCAUCAUUGGAACGGGUUCGCUGCAAAUCUCCAGUGCCGAGGACAUUGACUCUGGGAACUACCAGUGCAGGGCCAGCAAUACGGUGGAUUCUCUGGAUGCCCAGGCCACGGUGCAGGUGCAGGAGCCGCCGAAGUUCAUCAAGGCGCCCAAGGAUACGACUGCCCACGAGAAGGACGAGCCGGAGCUAAAGUGCGACAUCUGGGGAAAGCCCAAGCCCAUUAUUAGGUGGCUCAAGAACGGAGAUGUCAUAACGCCCAAUGACUACAUGCAACUGGUGGAUGGUCACAAUCUUAAGAUCCUUGGGCUCCUCAACUCCGAUGCCGGGAUGUUCCAGUGCGUGGGCACGAAUGCCGCCGGCAGUGUCCAUGCUGCAGCUCGUCUGCGGGUUGUUCCCCAAGGAGUGAAAAUCAAAAAACGAAAAUCCCAAGGCCACUCCACCAAAUCCCUCCAGACCUUUGACAAUCUGACCAAGCGGCGCAAGCCCUUCAAUUCGGGCGAGCAGCUGCGCACCAAGUCCGGUGGCAGUUUUCCCUUUCCGGACGAGGACGACGAACUAGACGAUGACGACGCGAGUACGACACGACUUAGAAUUCCUUCCGGAAAGCUUCCCCAGUUCGAGCAACCGCUCAACGAUCGCAGGUUCAAUAUUCUCAAGUCGGCGAGUGUUCUGCCGCUGGAGAGUCAGUCAAAGAGUUACGAGGACGACGACGAUGACUAUGACGACGAAGAUUUAGCCAACAUUGAGGCUCAUAUAGAGGCCUACAAGCAGGGCGAGAACGCUCAGAAAAUACUGGACUCCUGGCAGGCGGGCAAGAGCAAGAAAUCCCAGCAGCAAAAACAAUCCCCUGCUUCCCCAGAUUCCCCCGAACAGGAUCCGAGUGUUCCGCAUCCAGGUGCCAAGCCCCUGGACAGUGGACUUCAGGCCCGAUUGCCCAGUCAGCCGCGGGACUUGGUUGCCCAGAUAGUGAAGUCCCGGUUUGUGACCCUGAGCUGGGUGGAACCCCUCCAGAAUGCCGGCGAUGUUGUGUACUACACGGUCUACUACAAGAUGAACAACAGCGAGAGGGAGCAAAAAAUGGUCACCAAGUCGCAUGACGAUCAACAGGUCAAUAUUCAAUCGUUGCUGCCCGGCAGAACCUAUCAAUUCCGAGUGGAGGCCAAUACCAACUUUGGCAGCGGGGCAUCCUCUGCUCCCCUGGAAGUCAGCACCCAGCCGGAGGUUAAUAUUGCGGGUCCACCACGCAACUUUGAAGGGCAUGCCCGUAGUCACAAGGAGAUUUACGUGAAAUGGGCAGAGCCCUCGGUGACCAAUGGAGAGAUACUUAAGUAUCGUGUUUACUACUCAGAGAACGACAGCGGUGCAGAUUUAUAUCACGAUAGUACUGCCUUGGAUGCAGUUCUCACCGAGCUGCGUCCCAACACUGAUUACGUGAUCUCAGUGGUGCCUUUCAAUCGAAAUGGAAUGGGGGAUUCCUCAGCGGAAAUCCGUGUGAAGACGUUUUCCUCCACGCCGUCUGAACCUCCCAACAAUGUUACUUUGGAGGUGACCAGUUCCAGCUCCAUCACCGUUCACUGGGAGCCACCUGCAGAGGAAGAUCGCAAUGGCCAGAUUACAGGCUACAAGAUUCGUUAUCGCAAGUUCAAGGAUGCGCCCCAAGUGAAGAGUACUCCUGCCAACAUUCGAUACUUCGAGUUGAGCAGCUUGGAUCGCAAUGCUGAGUACCAAGUCAAGAUUGCGGCCAUGACGGUCAACGGUUCGGGACCAUUUACGGAAUGGUACCGCGUCAACACACUGGAAAAUGACCUUGACGAAACGCAGGUGCCGGGAAAACCGAUUUGGAAAAGCAUUCAACCCGGAGCCAACAACAUUGCCCUGCACUGGGGACCACCACAGCACCCGGAAAUCAAGAUACGCAACUACGUACUGGGCUGGGGUCGCGGCAUUCCCGAUGAGAACACAAUCGAGCUGAAGGAGACGGAGCGUUAUCAUAUACUUAAGAAUCUGGAGUCCAAUAUGGAUUAUGUUGUAUCGCUAAGGGCGAGAAAUGUUAAGGGCGACGGCCCACCUAUUUAUGACAAUAUCAAGACACGCGACGAGGAGCCAGUGGACGCACCUACGCCGCUUGAGGUUCCAGUGGGUCUGCGAGCCAUCACCAUGUCCAGCUCCUCUAUUGUGGUCUACUGGAUUGACACGAUGCUGAACAAGAAUCAGCAUGUGACAGAUAAUCGACACUACACGGUCAGCUAUGGUAUCACGGGAUCUAAUCGCUAUCGCUACCAUAACACCUCGGAUCUCAACUGCAUGAUCAAUGAUCUGCGCCCCAAUACGCAAUACGAGUUUGCAGUCAAAGUCGUCAAGGGACGCAGAGAGUCGUCCUGGUCGAUGUCCGUGUUAAAUAGUACGUAUCAGAAUGUGCCGGUCACGCCACCGCGGGAGGUUACUGUUCGCUUGGAUGAGAUGAAUCCACCCACUGUGAUCAUCCAGUGGAUUCCACCAAAGCACACUGUUGGCCAGAUCACCGGAUACAAUAUAUACUACACUACGGACACCACGAAGAGAGAUCGCGACUGGUCAGUUGAAGCCUUCGCGGGCGAGGAGACCAUGAUGAUGCUACCGAACCUGAAACCCUACACCACAUACUACUUCAAAGUUCAGGCGAGAACUACGAAGGGUAAUAAUAACGCCCCUUUCUCGGCUCUGGUAUCCUACACCACCAGUGCAGCGGUUAUCAUGCAGGAGGCCGACACCAUAGCCAAGGGAAUCGACAACGAGAAGCUGCUGUACAUAAUUAUAGCAGUUACGGCUGUUGUUCUCCUGGUGGUGCUUUUGGGUGUACUGAUGCUAUGCAGGCGCAAGCCUCAAUCCUCGCCAGAACACACUAAGAAGAGCUACCAAAAGAACAAUGUGGGCGUUCCCAAACCACCGGAUCUGUGGAUACACCAUGAUCAAAUGGAGCUUAAAAACAUAGACAAGGGCUUGCACACAGUGACACCUGUCUGCAGUGAUGGAGCCUCGAGCAGUGGUGCUCUCACCUUGCCAAGGUCAGUGGUGCACAGCGAAUACGAGGUGGAGACGCCAGUGCCAGGUCAUGUGACCAAUUCGCUGGAUAAGCGAUCCUACGUGCCAGGAUAUAUGACCACCUCAAUGAACGGAACGAUGGAGCGCCCUCAGUACCCGCGUACCCAGUACAGCCACCAGAAUCGAUCCCACAUGACCAUGGAGGCCGGUCUUUCCCAGCAAAGCCUCACCCAGCCGCAGAGCAACUCUAUGGCUCAGACUCCGGAGCAUCCUUAUGGCGGCUACGACGCCAACUUCUGCAACGGCGCAAGCGGGGCUGCUGGCAAUGGCUGUGUGUCCACCAUUGAGAGUUCCAAACGUGGGCAUCCUCUGAAGAGUUUCAGUGUGCCGGGUCCACCGCCCACAGGAGGCGCCACGCCAGUUAACAAGCAUACCCCCGCCGUCACAAUACGUCCACAAAACCAAUCGCCAUACAAGAAGCCAUCGUUCUCGGCUGCUACGCCCAAUCGCCUGCAGGGCGGCGGGUCGGUGGUCCACUCAACCGAUGAGAUUCAAAGACUUGCCCCCAGCACAUCCACCGAGGAGCUCAACCAGGAAAUGGCCAAUCUGGAGGGCCUCAUGAAGGAUCUGAGCGCCAUAACGGCAAACGAAUUCGAGUGUUAACACUGAAGCCGCCUUAAAAAUGUCCGGCUGGCUGAAAGUAUUAGUCGUCAAACAAUGGAUGUUACUUGUUUUUUAGUUUCUGUUUUAUAUUAUUGAUUUUACUCGAAUUUGUGAACUGCAUAGAACCGACUUGAAUUGGGUUCCCCUCCGGAGAGGUCCUUUUAGAUUUAGUUAAUCAAAUGUGCGAUAUAUUAAUGACCGAAAAGAACUGUAAAUACGAACGACGCCGCCAUAUAAAUUUUUAAGCCUAGAUACACACAUUCAUACCUAUAAAUAUAACUUAAGAAUAGUUAAAUAUCGGAUAAGGAAAGUGUAAAAACUGGGACAGAAAAUGGAGUAAAGAAUUGGACGAAAAGCGUUUAUUGUGCAGGAUCUGUCUCUAAACUGUCACACGACAUUUCAUAUUUAUCACUCUGCAUCAUCUUAAUUUAAUCCGCAACCAAAAGCGGAUAGUCUUAGUCUACAUACAUAUGCCAUUCUAUAUUCAUAUGCAUACAGCAUCUAAGCUAAGUUUCAUACUAGUAAAGACCCUAAGAACGUAACUUUUAUGCUACUAUAACCCCAACAAACAAUCAAAACAAUUCGAUAUAUACUUGCCUCUUAAAGUGUUCUUCUACAAUUUUAUUUUAUCAUGAGUUUGAUACGUGCCAUUUCAACGAUUUGUCGCCAAUCCCACAAAACUACUUAAGCUAUAAAGUCAAGUUCUAGACUGUAAGCCAGCAAAGCAUUUAUGAUUUAAACUACACUAUUAAUAAAGGGUGGUAUGACAUUGUUUGUUUUACCACAAAAUAAAUUAAACUUAUUGAGGUGA